AUGACGUCAAAUAUUGCUGAGUCAAUCAAUGCUGCACUAGUUUCAGCAAGGGAAAUGCCAAUAUACGAAUUCCUCGAAGAAGUUAGGAAGAUGUUUGGAUGUUGGAAUUGUAGUAACCGCAAAAAAGCUACACAGACAUACACGAUGCUUGGAAAAAAAUACCAGGAGAUGCUGACUUUGAAUGAGGCAAUGUCUACACGUAUGACUGUGGUACCAUCAACUGAAUACUUACAUACGGUUAACGAUAGAGGGAGGAAUUACACAAGCAAGUUUCUAAUGCCAGAAGAAUAUUGCUCCAAUUAUUACAAACCAAAUAUUGUUGUAAUGACAUACGGUGUGCCUGUGUACCCACUACCGGACAAAAAUGACUGGAAUAUACCAGCACAUGUUGCAGAGGAGGUUGUACUACCACCCAAAUGGAAAAGACCUCCUGGAAGGCCAAAGAAGAAGCGUUUUAAACCUUUAAGUGAAUUGCUGCAGCCGAAAAAUCAACAUUCAUGUAGCAUAUGUGGGCAGGGAGGACAUAACAAUCGAACGUAUAGAAAUGCUCCACAUAACAAAUAG